AUGCCACAGGAUCGCGGCGGCCAGGCGAAGGAAGCCAGCGUCGUGUCUGCCGCCAUCGCCGUUGAGGAUGAGCUGCGUCAACGAGAGGCUGCGAUGAGUACAAAGCUUCGAGCUUGGCCGGCCUGGGAUCUUUUUGUUGCUGAUCCCGCUGCUACUCCUCUGCAGAGACGUACCCCGCAGAGGGUGCUUUUGCUGGCUCAGAUUGUUCUGUUUGGCAUCAUUGUGCUGCAGUUCGUCAUGUACUACAAGACUUACUACCUCGCCGCAGCCGCGGCUGGCCUGGUGGAUGCUGGCAUGCUCAACAGGCAGGCCAGCUCUGCACAGAGCCAUAUCCCGGACUACUACCAGACUACGCCUGAGUUGGUGCCUGGACCAACUCCAACCGGGCCGGCAGCGUUCCUUGCCCAGACCAACCCAGCACCCUUCUCGGGCACCACGUACAUCCCAAACAGCCCACUCGAGACUCAGGUCCCCAUCCAGGGCAACUAUGACAAUGGCAACAUCUUCCAGAUGCACGGACAGCUCUCGCACUACUUCCCAAACCCCGAGGGAUUUGGAAUAGACGAGUACCAUCUUCCACACAACGCCUCGAUUGUGCAGCUGAACAUGCUGUCUCGUCAUGGGUCGCGUUAUCCUACCACAGGCUCUGGUGCCCCAAUGUUGGCUCAAAAGAUCCACAACUACACCACUGGCGUUCUCGGCAACGUCCACUUCACUGGACCUCUUGAGUUUUUGAACUCUUGGACCUACAAGCUCGGUGCUGAGAUUCUUGUCCCAGUCGGCAAGCAGGAGCUCUUCGACUCCGGGACUCUCCACCAGAUCCAGUACGGCCAUCUCUACCCGAACAACGGAUCCAAGAUUGUGGCUCGUUCCACCACCCAAGACCGUAUGCUGAGGUCUGCCGAAUACUUUCUAGCUGGAUUCUUCGGUCUUGGCUGGACUGACAACGCUACGUUGGUCCUUGCCAUUGAGAACACCACUGGCAUCUGGAACAACACCCUGGCAGGUUACGACAACUGCAACAACUCCAACUCUUACGUCUCGCAGGGCGGCAACAACGCUACUCAGGAGUGGUACAACAUCUACCUCGCAGAUGCUGCAGCCCGCUUGAACUCGUACGGUCCAGCAUUCAACUGGUCGACGAGCGAUGCGUACAAUGCUCAGUCUCUUUGUGCCUACGAGACUGUCGCUCUGGGUUACUCUGCCUUCUGCGGCCUCUUCACUUACGAGGAGUGGGAAGGCUACGAGUAUUCUGUUGACAUCAACUUCGCGGGAAACAACAUGUUCCAGUCUCCUACUGGCCGCGCAGUGGGCAUUGGCUACGUCGUUGAAAUCAUGUCUCGUCUGCAGCACCACUUGAUCACCACGCCAACUGCUCAGAUCAACGUCACUCUUGACAACAACACCGCAACCUUCCCUCUGGACCAAGCCCUCAACUUCGACUUUUCCCACGACACCAACAUCGCCGCCAUCCUCACAGCCUUCGGCCUCACCCAAUUCGCCCCCCUCCUCCCCGCCGACCGCCUCCAACGCGACCGCUACCUCAAAGUCUCCCACAUGGAACCCUUCGGCGCCCGCCUCGACAUGGAAAUCAUCGAAACGCCCCAACCCCUCGACGGCAACCGCAAAGCCGGCGACACCUACACGACCGGGGGCCCCACCCGCUACAUCCACUUCAUCCUCAACCAACGCACCAUCCCCCUCGGCGAGAGCUUCCCACAAUGCGGCGCCCGCGACGACGGCUGGUGCGAACUCACCACGUUCUUCGAGGUCCAGUCGACGAAGCUCCAGGAGGCGCAGUACGAGUAUAGCUGUUUCGGCAAGUAUCCCACCGUGCCGUACGGGGGCAUCACGAAUGGUGUGCCCGUCACGAAUUCUUCUUCGGGCACGACGCCCGCGCGGAGUUCGUGCUCGACGAAUGGGGCCGUGGUUUGUCAGGGGGAGACGAAGUUUGGGCUUUGUAAUUUUGGCGAGGUGGUGUUCCAGAGUGUCGCGGCGGGGACGAAGUGUGUUGGGGAGAAUCCUGGGAGGAUUGUCGCUGCGUAG